UUAACGUUCACAUUUAUCCACGUGUCUAAUUCUCCCGCUCCGUCCAUCUAUCCGUUAACCCUACUCUCUCUCUUCUCUCUCUCUCUCUCUCUCUUCCGCAGCUCUUUCCCGUUGAACACACACAGGCACAAGAAAACCCACCAAAUUCUCUCGUUCCGAAUAAUCAAGAAAAUUUUGAAAAAAAAAAAGAGAAAACUUUAUUCACACACAUUCAUUCAUUUAUCAUAAUGGGGAAGCUUCUCUGUGACUCAACCUCCGUCGCCGAACCAUUCCAAGGUUCGCCGCCGGCCACGCUUCCGUGGCGGGAACCCAAACCAGAACCUAUAGGAACCGUAGAUCUCGUCGUUCCGGCCAACGUCGGUGGCGCGCCGUUCGCCGGCGGUGGGUGGGAAGACGUCGUCGGUUUGGAGGAGCAGCAGCGGCGCCACCUCCAGAGGCUCCACGCGAAGGGAGUGCUCUGGAAGCCACCGCCGGAGGAGGAGGAUUCGUCGUCUCCGCUGUCGUCCUCCGCCCUCAGAUCUGUUGUCUUCCGGCUCUCUCACGGCGGUGAGGUCUCCGCCGACGGAAACUGCCUGUUCACAGCGUCGCGGAAGGCAAUGGGCGGCGAGGACGUUGACGCGCGCGAGCUGCGGCGGCGGACGGUGGCGCGGUUCUUGGAGGAUCUCGGAUCUGUGAGUUUUGAGGAGAGAGAAGCGAUCGACAACGCGAUUCGGCACAUGUACUCGCCGGAUCUGAAGAACGGUUGGGGGAUUCAUGUCGUUCAGGAGGUGAAAUUGUUGGCGAAGAAGGAGGAUCGAUUUGCUCUUGAUUCGGCUAUCGAAGAGCUUGUUCACCUCGGCAUGCAAAGAGAAAUGGCGGCGGAGUCUAUUUACAAAGAGAGAUGUGUUUCGGUGAAUGAUGGUCCAAGUUGGGCCAAAUACAUGUUGAUCUCUGGUUCUCCUGAUGAUGAAUAUGAUAUCAUCACUUUGCAAUAUACUGAGGAGGGUUUAUUAUCUGUAGAUGAGAAUAGAGAGGGUCGUGCUGCAGCUUUCGGUGAUGAUAUUGCAAUUGAAUGCCUUGCUACAGAGUUCAAGCGAGAGAUAUAUGUGGUGCAAGCACAUGGUUCAGAUGCCAUGGUCGAUGAAGAAAAUUGUGUUUUCUUCCUUCCACAUCGUCCAAGGAGCCGAAUUACUGAACCUCCAUUUUUCCUUUUCAUGAAAGGAACAGGUUGGUGCGGUGCUGGAGCUGACCACUAUGAGCCCCUCAUUGCUCAUCCUUCCGCCUUUGUUUCCCAAGAAAAGGUUGCUGUGGUACUGUGAGGUUUCGCGGCCUGCAAUUUUGUGGAGUAGAGAUCGAGUAGUUUUAGAAUUUUCUUCACCCUAUUUUAUGGGCCACUCUCAACUGUUUGGCCUCCUGCAUUGUGGUUCUUCUCCGUCCCAAGGGAGAAACCACCACCUAAUCGGGUAGCCAUUUGUUUUGUUACUGACAUUUAGAAUCAAUCAUCUUUGACUCUCUUGACAUUGGACAAGCAGGUUUGCCAUUGCCGUUGCCUGCUGUUUGAGCAACCCUAGAGUAUUAUUGUAUUAGUUUCACCGGCUUCUGUUUUGUUGUUCCUGUUGUUGAGUUAAUUAGAGGGUAGUGUGUUGUUCAAAUUGGAAGAGUUGAGUUGCAUCACAUAUUAAUGAUGUGGCUUUAUCUUAUUUUCUGGGCAUCUGCAUGUGUGUCAUUUUACAUUGCAUUCCAGAACGUGACAUGUUAUCCACUCUUCA